AUGUCCACUGCGGAGUCCAGCGGUGACGGGGGGCGGUGGCUAGACGCCCACUAUGACCCGGUAGCCGGUCUGUACACCUUCUCGUCUUGUGUGGACCUGGCAGACCUGAAUGGGGAUGGGGAGAGCCGGCUGGUGGUGGGGGACCUGGGUACUGGCUCGUCCGGCAUGAAGCUGAAGGUGUACCGGGGCACGGCUCUGAUGAGCGAGAGUGUCCUACUGGACCUACCUGCUGGCCUUGUUGCCUUCUUCAUGGAUGUGCACGAGCCCCGGAUCCCUGCCGUGGCUGUGGCCUCCGGACCCUGCAUCUACGUCUACAAAAACCUGCGGCCGUAUUUCAAGUUCACCCUGCCUAGUCUGGUCAUCAACACUCUGGAGCAGGAGGUUUGGCAGCAGGUGGGAGAGGGUCAGAUUGACCCCAUAACCCUGAAGGAGAUGUUGGAGAGCAUCAGAAGGAAGGACGACAUCCCACUGUCUGUUCGGUCCCUCAAGUUUCUCUCUCUGGACGUCAGCGACAUGGACGAGUUUGUCCAGCUGCAUAGACAGCAGCCAAUCAGGAGGCAGACAGUUAUCACCUGCAUCGGGACCCUGAAGAAGAGCACAGCAGACGAGGAUGGAGUUAGCUGUCUGGUGAUUGGAACAGAGAACAGCAAAAUCUUUGUCCUGGACCCAGAAGCUUUCACCAUCCUGUCCAAGAUGUCCUUGCCUGCUGUUCCCACCAUGAUGGAUGUGACGGGUCAGUUCGACGUGGAGUUUCGCAUUACAGUAGCGUGUCGAAAUGGCAAUAUCUACAUCCUGCGCAGAGAGUCGGACACACCGAGGUACUGCAUCGAGCUGUCGUCCCACCCCGCCGGUCUGGUGAGGGUCGGGAAGAAUGUGGUGGUCGGCUGUACCAAUGAGAGUCUGCAGGGCUUCACUCAGAAGGGGAAGAAGUUGUGGAAGAUCAUCCUCCCAGCCCCCAUCACCACCAUGGCUGCCAUGGACCUUCCUACCAGGGGUUUUCAGGGGGUUCUAGUGGGCCUGGCAAACUGUGAAGUGCAUCUGUACCGGGACAAGAACCUGCUCAGCAUCAUCAAGACUCCGGACACAGUCACCAGCAUCUGCUUUGGUCGGUACGGUCGAGAGGAUGGUACCCUCAUUAUGACAACCAAGGGAGGUGGACUGAUAGUUAAGAUCUUGAAAAGGACGGCAGUGUUUGAUGACCGGGACAGUGCCCCCGGCCCUCCCCUGGCCCAGAGCAUCCGCCUCAAUGUCCCCAAGAAGACCAAGCUGUAUGUGGACCAGACGCUGAGGGAGCGUGAGAAUGGCCUGACUAUGCACCGGACCUUCCAGAUGGACCUGAGCCGCACAAGACUGGCAGCAGCCAGAGCCUAUGUGAAAGCUCUGGAGUCCAGCCUGACCCCGGUCUCAUCCAGCCUGUCUGAGCCACUCAAGAUGAACGCUGUGGUCCAGGGCCUGGGUCCGUCCUUCAAGCUGACCCUGAACAUUCAAAACACGGCAGCCUGUCAGUCUGUCAUGAACCUGGCCAUCAGUUUCUUGUACGACGAGAAACUGUACAGGGUUAGGAACCCGUACAUGAGGAUCCCGCUGCUGGUUCCUGGACUCAUCUACCCUGUUGAGGCCUUUGUGGAGUGCACCAGUGACAAGGGCAUCUCAGACAUCAUCAAGGUGUUUGUGCUGCAUGAGGGGAAGAGUUCACCGCUGCUCACGGCUCAUAUCAAUAUGCCGGUAUGCGAGGGGUCUGCUCUGAACUGA